AAAACUCAAUCAGACCAGAGAUCAGCGCCCUCCGCCGUCUCAGCAGCAGUUUGAGGGAGGUUAAAAAAAAACGUGCGGAGCCAACCAGAGCAGCAGCAGCAGCCAUUCAGAUCCUUUUCACCGCGGGGUGUGAGUGCUGAGGGUCUCUGUACAAUAACGGGUGACCGCUGUGUCUUUGAGAGGACCGACACAGACAGACUGACUGCUGAGCCUUUAGAGAGGAGUUUUUUUCCACUGUGGUCUGUGGUUCAGAGAAAUGAACCUACAGAGUUUCUGAAGGAAGUUGCAAGCUAGCGCGAGUCCAAGUUUCACAUGUAUUAGCAGGUGUUGGGACUAUUUCUAAUGGAGGUCUCCGCAGUCUUGGGCGUGUCUGUGCACAGCCCUCCUCGUCUUUGUUUCUUUGGUCUGUGCCAUCUAUCUCACCAUGGACGGCCUGCUGAGCGGGGCCAGUAAAGGGGCCGGGGUUCUUCAGUCAGCACAGACCUCAUCACGUCAUAGAUGCCACUCGCUGUCGUUACCCCUGUAUGACUGACUGUUAGGGAAACAAUAAAGCUUAAAUUCCUCUUAACUUGAACAAAGGAGCCAUGCAUCCGCUGCUGUCCCUCAGUGUCUUCUGGCUGCUCCCCCUGGCCUUGAUGCUGGAAGAAGACUCACCACUGGAUUCUGUUCCCCGCAGAUCUGUGCCCUAUAACAUGGUCAACGUUCACCAGUUUCAUGAGAAGGGUGUGUCCAACUACUCCACCAUGUUGUUGAGAGAAGACCUGGAUCUGCUAGUGCUGGGCGCCAGGGAGGCGGUGUAUGCUCUUGACCUCAAAGACAUCUCCAAGAAACUUGCUUCGGUGAAAUGGGAAGUGACACAACAACAGAAAGAUGAAUGUAAAAACAAAGGCAAAGAUCCUGAGACGGAGUGCCUUAACUAUAUAAGGAUCCUGCAUAAGAUGGAGGAUGACAGGAUGUAUGUGUGUGGAACCAAUGCAUUCGAUCCAGAGUGUGAUUACAUGACCUAUACAGAUGGAAAGCUGACUCUUCAGAAGAAACAAGAUGAUGGCAAAGGGAAGUGUCCAUUUGAUCCUUUCCAGAGAUAUGCCUCCAUCAUGGUUGAUAACAACCUGUACUCAGCCACUUCAAUGAACUUCCUGGGCUCUGAACCCGUCCUGAUGCGCAGCUCUCCUGUCUCCAUACGCACUGAGUUCAAGAGUUCCUGGCUUAACGAGCCCAGCUUUGUUUCCAUGGUUCAGAUGCCAGAGAGUGAUAAAAGUGAGGAGGGAGAUGAUGACAAGGUUUACCUGUUCUUCAGUGAAACAGCUGUGGAGUGCGACUGCUACAACAAACUGGUGGUCUCCCGUGUGGCUCGCGUCUGCAAGGGGGAUCUUGGAGGUCAGAGGACUUUGCAGAAGAAGUGGACAUCCUUCCUGAAGGCCAGACUGGACUGCCCAGUGCUGGAUUCCCAGCUGCCAUACAUUAUCCAGGACACUUACCUCUGGUGUGACCCCCAGCAGCACUGGAAGGAGUGUUUGUUCUACGCUAUCUUCACACCACAGGCGGACACAUCAGACCUGUCUGCAGUGUGUGCGUACCGGGUAUCCGACAUCAGCAGAGUGUUUGCAGAGGGGAAGUACAAGACUCCAGUCCCCGUAGAAACCUCUUUUGUUAAGUGGGUGAUGUAUAGCGGAGAUGUCCCAGUCCCCCGGCCUGGAGCUUGCAUAAACAAUGAGGCUCGUAAAGCGGGUAUAACUAAGACCCUGGACCUCCCAGACCGUACCCUUCAAUUUAUCAAAGAUAAGCCCCUCAUGGACCAGGCUAUCCAGCCAAUAGACAACAAGCCUCUGCUGGUGCAAAGGGGAUCUGCAUUUACACGCAUCAUAGUCAACGAAGUGCAGGCUGCAGAUGGCAACAAGUACAAAGUGAUGUUCAUAGGCACAGAGGAAGGCACCAUGCUGAAAGCGGUGAACUACGAUGGAGAGAUGUUCAUCAUAGAGGAAAUGCAACUUUUCCAGCUGCCAGAGGAAAUCAAGAUACUGAAAUCUUCUAAUGUCACGGGUCAGAUCUAUGCAGGCUCAGACUACGGAGCAGUACAGAUACCACUGGCCAGCUGUUACAGGUCCUCAUCCUGUAUGGACUGUGUUCUAGCCCGAGACCCAUACUGUGGCUGGGACAAAGUUGAUAAAAAAUGCAUUGCUGUUUCUGACUCACAAAGAGAGCUUAUCCAAAGUGUGAAAGAAGGAAAUGCCUCAAUUUGCCCAGCUGCUGAUCCUGUUAAACCCAUUGAUCGGUCCAUCUGGACCGGUGGUAACAUGAAGCUCAGUUGCCCUGCACCUUCCAACUUGGCAAAAACCACAUGGGAGCGGGACAACCAGCCUCUUAACCCUUCAGCUCGGCUUCAGCUACUACAAGACGGACUGCUUAUACUCAACGCUUCAGACAGCGAUGGUGGUCGGUACCGCUGCCAGUCUGUGGAGCGCUCCAAAACUGAAGAGUACACAACCACUGUGGCUGAGUACCAGGUCAGUAUAACCUCAGACAAGGAUCGUCAUAUAUUGUUCCCAGAAGCCCAGAAGGAUGGCCCCUCUGUAGCUGGACUUCAGGCUGUAGUCGCGCUCUUAGUUGUUGCUCUUCUCAUCCUUCUGGCCUGGAACUUUUAUAAAGGCCACAUACCUCUUCCCUGGAACUGUGGAAAGAAGAAUAGUGAACAAUCUCAAGAGUCCCAUGAGGAGAGGGGUCUGAAUUCUAGUGUGACCUUUCAAGAGGUACAGAGGCCUGUACCAGUAGAGGACAAGCCCCUGGUGUCUGGAAGAGACAGUGGUAGUAAUAACAACCACUCUGGAAGGGCAGCAGAAAUCAGUGCUGCAGGGGAGGAGACUGUGAACCUACCAUCUCUGCAGUACAUUGAUGAUGACUCAGAAAUUUGAAAAUGACAAGCAGAUUACUCAGUUUACCCCUGAGCACAGUUCAAGUUAAAAAGAUUAAAGGGAAUGCCACAAACCCUCUUGUUUCUAAGCACAAUGACUGGAGUCAGCAGUUCAGAUGUGAUAUUUGAGAACUGAAAUGUCAACUUUCACAGCCUAAACAGAAAGUUGGGAGUACAUUUGAUUAAUUGAUUUGAGUGUCCUGCACCUUUCUGGUGCCCAGCCCAUAUGGAAUUACAGAAAACUUAAGUGUCUCAGGAGCAUAAGAGCGUCCCAAGUGAUCAAAAUUGUGUUUUCAGAGACUAUAAACUGUUGAGACUGAACACACCAAAAGACUGAGACAUGCUGGAAUUUCUGCUUUACCUUUUGUUUUGUUUUAAUACAAUUGUGUCCAUUUAAAAGUAUGUUUUUAGCUUCUUACUAAUUGUUGCAAAUCCUGUCUUGUAAAGACUGGUAUGAUUUUCACAGGGAAUUUACAAUAACUGAAAUUGAGCCAUUUUCAUGUCUAACCUCUAGAUUUUGCUUUGUUGUAUUAAACCUUUUCUACUUGGUC